AUGUAUUUUACUUUGAUAUUGCCUUUUAUUUAUGCAUUUUCCAUUAAGAUGGGUGAAGACUUAACAGGUGCAAUUACAAAAUACACCUUAGAUGUUUAAUUGUCUAUUGAUACAUACAAUUCAAUUUUUAUGAUAUUCCCUUAAAGUUAUGAGUUUAACGAAUUUAUGCCAAUAAAUUGUUGGUGUAAUGAUAAUUAAUUUCAAGCCAAGAGCAAAGAUAAUUAAAUUCAAAUUAUUGGUAAUUUUAUUCCUUCAUUUUCUCUGAAUAUUACAUUGGAAAAUAUUGAAAAUGGUUAUUAUCCUUUCAAUUAGGAUAAUGAGUUUAUCUUAGAAUUUUAUUAGGAUUAAAACUUAGUAGAAAGAUAAAAUUGCCAUUACACACUAACUUAUUAAUAACAGUUGAGCAUAAAAGGAAGAUAUGAAAACUACUCAACUUUUGUUAAAACUACUUUAUAGUUUGAAAUUGAUUUUCUAUUUCGAGUCAGAGCUGGGACAAUAUUUGAAUUAACCUUUCCAAUUAUUAAUAGAGGAGCAACUACUCUUGUAUCGAUGCUAACCGAAGAUACCUUCCCUCUUUUUUAAAAUGCUGCUUUGGACUUUGAAAUUAAUCUUACAGAACGAAAAUUAACCAUUUAUAAUCUCUUUGAAAAACAAUACCUUCCCGGUAAUUCAAUAGUCUUAUAAAUUAAUAACAUUUAUACAAAUAAUUAAUAAAUAGAUGGAGAUUCCUUUUUGAUUAUUUAUAAGAGUUCAUACAAAGGUUUACAUAUUGCCGAAGGUUAAUUCUAAGAAAGUGAAAUAAAAAAUGUUAGUGAAUCAAAGGAAUUUCUAUUAGAAAGCUUAAAUUAGGUUGUUUCACAAAAUACCUAAUUAUUUUUUUCAUUUUUACCUCGAUUAGCCUAUCGCCAAGGAAGUCAAAUUUAUAUCAAGUUUUUAAAUCUUUAAUCUUAACACUAAAGUAAUUAAUAUGUAAUUUUAGUAUCAAAAGCUAAUUUUUUACCAAAAAAAAACAUUAAUCCAAAUUACGAAUUUUACAUUGAAAAUGAAGGCAUAGUAAUCAAAAAUUUCAAUUAAUUCUUUGAAUCCAUGAUAUUUGAAUUUUAUCUGCAAGAAAUUGUAAAUCCAACUGGAUUAUCUAAACUAAAGAUUGGAUUCUAUGUACUCACACCGGAGAGAAAUUAAUAUGAAUAUUCAGAACGUUAGAUUGAAAUAAUUCCAGAAUCUAUAUCUUAUUUAACAAUUGAAGCUGCUAAUGAUACAGUUUUUGCAAUUACUUAAAUUUUUAUUAAAUUUGAAUUACAGAAUAUUUAAUCAAAAACUACUACUUUAUCAGUGAAGAUACCAAAAUAAAUUGAGAUCCUUAGAGAUAUGGUUUAAAUAAAGCCUGACUAAUCUUAAGAUAUUUCAUUAAAUGGGUAGGAAAUGUUAUUUAAAAACUAUUUUAGUAAUAAUCAAAUUAUUAAUUAAAUCGAAAUAACGUUUUUUGGAAAACUUGUAGGGAUAGCUGGUAACACUGAUAAUUUUUUAAUUUUCACAAGUGAUUUAUCAGGUGCUUUAAUAAGCCUAUUACAAAAACCUGUUUUCUUAACAAUUAAACCAUCGAAAUACACCUUGCUCUCCUUGAAUCCACAAAUUUAUGUUUCUGAUUAUUUAACAAAUUAUUUAAUAAAAUUUCAGAUACCCCAAAUUUAUGAAUAGAGUAUUUUGAGUUUAGAGUUACCGAAUGAAUUUAAAUAGCAACUCAGCUUUUGUUCUGCUCAAAUUGAAGCAAUUUAAUAAAGUUGUUAAAUAGGGAAUGAUAAAAACAUAACAAUUAAUUUAAUUGUUGGUGGAGUCCUAGAAAUUAUUAUUUACAAUAUCAAAACAGAGAGAAGUGUUUAAUAGUAUAAUUACAAAAUUAUUGGAGAAAUUAAAUUCCAAUAAGAGAUUUAAUCAAUUCAAUAAAAUCAAUUAGCCUCCUACAGUAUUCUAUUUCCUUAAACAUUUUAUGAUUAUUCAUUAAUUUCUUCUAAUUUAUUUUAUGGUGAAUUAACUACACUAUAAUUUUCUUUUAAUUUAUUGAGCACAAUCCAACAGAAUGAUCUUUUAUAAAUUACUUUCCCUAUAAAAAUUGAAAACCUCUUGACUUGUUCAAAUGUUAUGAUGAAAUAGAUAGGCUAAUAAAUCUAUCUUGGUUAAUUAUAAAAUGGUACUAAUAUAGUGCUUUGUGAAUUGAUUAAUCCUACAGAAGAUAUUCCAAUUUACCCGUUUAACUUUAACGUUUUAACAGCCACAGGAGAGAUCAUUGCUUAAUUUUAAGAUUCAAUUGGUAUAAGGGAAGAACUAAGAGCUAAUAAGAUUGGUUUUUCUAUUUAAUAAUAGUAAUUUUAUUUGAAUGAAGAAACUUUGAUUGCAAUAAAUUUUCUCACAAACUUAGGUGUGUAAAAGUAUGGUAAAAUAAAAACGAUAUUUUAACUCUCUCAAAUAGUUGUUUUUGAUUUAAAAUGUUCCUUCUAUUUAAUAAACCAAACUCAAGAAAUAUCAUAAGAUAACUUUUUGUGCGAAUCAUACUCAGAAAAUGAAAAUUUGAUUUUUAUUGCUAGCUUGGUAAACUCUAUACCAUCAAACUCUUACCAGCUUAUUUUCAAUGGAUUAAUUUUUGUUGGAAAUAGUGGUCAGCAUGAAAUAAAUGUAAAACUUUAAAAUAUCAAUUAAUUUGGAAAUAUUGUUGAGGAAUCUUCUAAAUUAUGGAAGUUUACGAAUAAUUGUUAAGAAAAUUGUAAAAGUUGUGUUAAGAAGUACAACUAAUGUAUUUAAUGUAAGGAAGGUUUUGUUUUAUUAUAAAAUAUAUGCAUCCCAAAAUGCCAAGAAAAUAUGAUUUUUACUUUUCAAGGCUGUUAAAAAUGUCUAACAAAUACAAAUUGUUUAGUAUGUGAUUCUUAGAAUAUCACUUAGUGCAUUUAAUGUACCAGUGGAUUUUAAUUAAACAAUGGAUACUGCUUAAAAUUUAGUAAUCUUUCAAACUCAGAUUCUAAUAAUCCUAUAAACAAGACUGGCAAUAAUUAAAAUAAUCAGCAUCAUAAUGACAAAAACGAUAUUACAGAUCUUGAUGAUAGAAAAAGUGAUAUCUAUGAUAGUGCACCAAUCUUUUUUAUUAUUAUGGGAGGAAUGCUUACAGUUGCAAUAGUCAAUAAGAUUAUCAAUAAAAGAAAUGCAGUUAUACUAAAAACAUAUUAUAUAUAUGUUAGUCUACUUGAUAUACCAAUAGCUAUCAUCAGAUUUAUAAGGUAUUUUAUAACUAAUUUUAGAUUUACCUUAUUAUAAUUUCCAGGGUAUAUUCUAUUAUCAUUAUCGUGCUUAGCUAUUACGUUUUUUGUGUAAAUCAUAAGUAGUUCUUAACUAGAAUUAUUAAAGAAAACUAAUCUAAACUUUUAUUAAAUUAUUUCAAUUUAGAAAAUUAAAAAAUAAUUUGCAACUCUGUUUUAAUGGAGGAUUAUUUUCUUUAUUUUACCAAAUCAAAUAGAAGAAAAGGUUUUAAAUGAAAUAAAAAAAUUGUUUUAUAGUUAAACAAUUUCGCAAAUACUACCAAUUAUUGUUUAAGUUUCCUUUAUGUGCAACUAAAAUUAAUUUUAUUUCUUUUCUUUAGAUGAUAUAAUUUACAAUAUUAUUAUUAUUGCUCUAUCCAGCACAAAAGAUUUAUGGCUAAACUUGGAAAUCAAAAAUUAAUGUUAAAUACAUCCUGAAUUUAUAGAUUAAAGCCUAUGCUUACAAAGGCAAGAGUAAGUUUUUAGGGUAGAAGAUUAGGUAAAUAAUGAAGAUAUCAUUUACUUCUCAUAAUAACCAAAAAUACAUGAAAAGAAAGAAAAUGAAUAGGAAUUUAAAUGA